AAACUGUAUCUUCUGCGGAAAACACCCAACCAGGGAGAAAGAAAAAAAAAAAAACACGCACAACAAAUGAAUUUAUGCUGAGGCUACUUUUUCUACCGUACUUAUUUAUUCUCUGCAGACAGGGACUAAAAAAAUGUAAAGGCUGUUGUGAUUUCUGCCGACGACACCCACGUCUAGAUUCAAAUAGUAAGGAUAGCACCCGAAAUGUGGAUCUACGUUAAGGUAGGUAAAUGCAUCAGUGAAGAAUUUCACGACAUCUGGGAGAAUGGUCACAAAAUAUCAGCUCUCAAUUGAGGAUAUGAAGUGUGACUAUGGAAGGCCAACAUGCAACAUACUGUCCAUGCCAGUGGAAUGAUGGUCAUGGGAGCUCAGGGAAACAUCUCCCCAAGGGAUCUCAACUUCAAUUCAGCCACUCAGACUGGGUGCAUUAUUGUGGAGAGCCACUAUGGAAAUGAGACUGUGAACCAGUCACGUUGCUGAUGCUGAGUGAGGGGGGGGGGGAGAAAAGACAAUCUCUGGAUCAUGUUGCUGAAGAGGCGUGCCCAGUUUGUGGAUAUGACACAGGACUGAGCUAAACAACAGCAUUCGAUGGAGUGAGCCCAAAUGCAGCAAUGUAGUAAGUGUAUGCCUUUCUAGUGUCAGUCCGAUAAGACAAUCAACACACGGGAGGAAUUUCGUACACUUCUGGGAUCCAAGGAGAUGUAGGGGUGAGCUGGUGGAGCAUUCAAGACGCCUGCGUGAAUACCAUCAGGUCUCAAGUUGGAAAGAAAUCAGCAAAGCUCCAACAGUCAACCUUCAUGAUGCCUCGGAACCGAGCCUUCUCUGAGCCUGAGUACUCUGCUGAGUAUUCCGCAGACUGUUCAGUGACUUUGCCCUCCGACCCCGGGCAGGUUGUCGGGCGAACACACGAGGUCACGGUGAGGAGCUCGGGAUGCUGCCUUUGCCUGCCCCGUUUCAUGCUCCUCACCUUUGCACCGGAGUCCCUGGAGAACCUCUACCAGACCUACUUCAGACGUCAAAGACACGAAACCUUGCUGGUGCUGGUUGUGUUUGCUGCUCUCUUCGACAGCUACGUUAUUGUCAUGUGUGCGGUGGUCUACACCAGUGACAAACUGGCCUCCGUCCUAGUGGCGUCCAUGGGGCUGCUAGCAGACAUUGUCCUCUACCUGCUUUGUCGCUUUGGGCUGCUGCCAGAUCGCAUCUCAAGGCGGGUGGUACCCUAUGCCCUGUGGGUGCUCAUAGCGGCCCAAAUAUUCUGCUACCUGGGUUUGAAUUAUGCCCGCUUUCACCAGGCUAGUGACACAGUGGGCUGGCAGGCUUUCUUCAGCUUCUCCUUUUUCCUGACUUUGCCUUUGAGGUUGACUCCCAUCGUGCUCAUCACGACGGUCACCUGCGGGGUUCACACCCUAGUUCUGGGCGUCACCAUCGCCCAGCAGCAACAGGAAGACAUCCAGGGGGCAGCACUUGGCAGACAGCUUCUGGCCAAUAUUGUGAUCUAUGUUUGCGCUAUCACCGUGGGCGUCAUGUCAUAUUACAUGGCAGACCGAAAGCACAGAAAGGCUUUCCUUGAAGCAAGACAAUCCCUCGAAGUCAAACUCAACCUGGAGGAGCAAAGCCAACAACAGGAACGCCUGCUACUGUCCAUUCUUCCGAAACACAUAGCCGAUGAGAUGCUGCAGGACAUGAAAAAGGAGCCCAGUCAGAAAGAGAUGCAACAGUUUAACACUAUGUACAUGUACAGACAUGAAAAUGUCAGUAUUUUGUUUGCCGACAUUGUGGGUUUUACCCAGUUGUCAUCAUCAUGCAGCGCUCAGGAGCUGGUCAAGCUGCUCAAUGAACUCUUUGCUCGAUUUGACAAACUAGCUGCAAAAUAUCACCAGCUGAGGAUCAAAAUCCUAGGAGACUGUUACUACUGUAUUUGUGGGCUGCCAGACUACAGGGAGGACCAUGCUGCCUGCUCCAUCAUGAUGGGCCUCGCCAUGGUUGAGGCCAUCUCGUAUGUGCGUGAGAAAACCCAAACUGAUGUUGACAUGCGCGUUGGAGUGCACAGCGGGACAGUCUUGGGGGGAGUGCUUGGUCAGAAACGUUGGCAAUACGACGUGUGGUCCACUGAUGUCACUGUAGCCAACAAGAUGGAGGCUGGAGGGAUUCCAGGUCGUGUCCACAUCUCACAAACCACCAUGGAGUGUCUUCAUGGAGAGUUUGAAGUUGAACCAGGGAAUGGAGGUGAGCGCUGUGACUACCUGAGGGAGAGAGGACUUGAGACCUACCUAGUCGUCGUAAACAAAGGACCCGGGGGAAAAAACGGCAUCAACAGUGUAAAAUUAUCUGUAACUUCGUCCAAUGGAAACUCCCCUCUGCUGAUCAACACCACAGAAUGUAAUGGCAGUGUGAAUACAGCCUGCUCCACACCAGAGGAACCUGAAGAACUUGACACAAGGGUGGUAAACCCCUCUUUCCCAAAUCCUCGCCGAAGGCUACGGCUGCGAGACCUAGCUGAAAGGGUGAUUGAUGCCCAAGAGAAUGAACAGGAGCUCAACAAACUGCUGAACGAGGCUCUAUUGGAGCGAGAAACUGUCCAAGCUUCGAAGGGAAACCAAACCAACCGUCUCUCUCUGAGGUUUGUUGACCCCGACUUGGAGACUCGCUACUCGGUGGAGAAGGAGAAGCAGAGUGGAGCUGCCUUCUGCUGCUCCUGCGUGGUGCUGCUCUUCACUGCUGCCACGGGGGCCCUCAUAGAUCCCAGAUUGAUUACAAACUACAUCACAUUUGCAGUGGGGGAAGUCCUGCUCCUAAUCCUGACAAUCUGUUCAUUGGCUGCCAUCUUCCCCAGGGUUUUUCCUAAGAAGCUUGUUGCUUUUUCAACUUGGAUUGACCACACCCGCUGGGCUCGUAACACCUGGGCCAUGGCAGCUAUCUUCAUACUUACAAUGGCUGACAUUGUUGAUAUGCUGAGCUGCCUGCCUCAAAGUGCUAUUUCAGUCAGCACCUCUAUUGCGUCCCCUUCUGAAGGUUGUUUGAACAACCCCAAAUAUUAUAGCUACAUUGCUGUACUGGCGCUUAUGGCUACCACCAUGUUGGUUCAAGUUAGUCACAUGGUCAAGCUCACACUGAUGCUGCUCAUCACAGUGGCGACUGGUGUUGUCAAUAUAUACAGCUGGAGGAACAUCUUUGACCGCUAUGACAUGGCGCGCUUUCAGGAUUACAGGUCAUAUUUAGUGCCAUCCAAGUUGACAAUGACAAUUAUGAUCUUCACUAUGAUGGUCAGCUUUUAUUAUUUCUCCCGACAUGUGGAGAAGCUUGCUCGGACCCUAUUCCUGUGGAAGCUUGAGGUUCAUGAGCAGAAAGAGAAGGUAUAUGAGAUGAGGCGAUGGAAUGAAGCAUUAGUGACCAACAUGCUUCCUGAACAUGUUGCUCGGCACUUCCUGGGCUCCAAGAAAAGAGAUGAGGAGUUGUACAGUCAAUCGUAUGAUGAAAUUGGAGUCAUGUUUGCAUCCAUCCCAAACUUCUCCGACUUCUACACAGAGGAGAGCAUCAAUAAUGGAGGCAUCGAAUGCUUACGCUUCCUCAACGAGAUCAUCUCAGACUUUGACAGUUUGUUGGACGAGCCUCAGUUUCGCUGCAUCACAAAAAUCAAGACCAUCGGAAGCACCUACAUGGCCGCAUCAGGUGUUACUCCUGAUGUCAACAAUGGGUACAACUGUAUGAAGAAGGAGGAGCAGUCUGACAGAGAGCGCUGGCAGCAUCUGGCAGACCUGGCGGAUUUUGCCCUAGCCAUGAAGAUUACGCUUAUGAACAUAAACUACCAGUCAUUCAAUAACUUCAUGCUACGAAUCGGUCUGAAUAAGGGAGGAGUUUUAGCAGGUGUGAUUGGGGCACGCAAACCUCACUAUGACAUCUGGGGAAACACAGUGAAUGUUGCCAGUCGUAUGGAGUCCACAGGGGUGAUGGGAAACAUUCAGGUGGUGGAGGAUUGCUACAACAUUCUCAAAGAGUAUGGCUUCCGCUUUGUGAGGAGGGGUCCUAUAUUUGUGAAAGGAAAGGGGGAGCUGCUCACUUAUUUCCUCAAGGGAAGAGACAAACAAGGUUCCUUUCUAAAUGGCUCUUCUGUCACUCUUCCACAUCAAGUUGUGGACAGUUAAACCCUAAAGGUGAAAGUAAUAACAGCAAACGUACGUGGUCAAUUCAGAGAGGUUUUGCAAAGAACUUUUGAAUGCAAAGUCAUUUGCCUUGAAACCAUGAAAUACCCUCAUAACCCUUGACACUGCCUCCAAGUCUGUGUGGAAUCACAUCUUUUUUGCAGACUCUGCUGUAGGCAAGGUUGACAGUUCCAAUUAAAUACUGCGGACAUGCUUAAGCGGACAUCUGUGUCAACAAGCCGCUCAUUACUGAAGAUGUCUUCACUUCUAUGGGAACCAAUUCCCUCUUUUAAUGCCACUAGAGAAUGUACUUGUAAUUCAGUGCCAUAGUCAACUAGAAUCAUUUGUUAUAGGAGGAGAUACUGCUCGAUCGGAAUUGCGGAUUUCCUUCAGUAUGGAUGUCUACAUAAUGGCUAAUUAUGUACAAGCAGUAUAAGUAUUUGGCACCUCAUUCAAGGGACUGCAUAAUGAAGGUUAUGAUGGUAGAAUAUGCAGACAGAAAUGAAUGGAAGAAAUGUGUGAUUUUGGAAAACAAACAAACUGCAGACUGGAAUCACACUGUGACUUUAUUGUGUUAUGCGCCUUUAAACAUUAUAAUCCCCCCCAAAUUUGACCCCAAGCGAGCUGUCCUGUUGAGCCGGGGGGCGUUCGUUGGUGUGUACGAUAGUGUUUGUCUACGUUGCUCAAUGUAUUGCUUCCUCGUGCUCCUGGCGGGGGAAUAGGUUAGUUCAAUCAGUACUCUCCUCUUUUCUCCCGUCUGUUCAUGGAUCUCUAAAGCACACUUAGACUGCUGGCCUGGGCCAUCAACAUAGAAUAAAAGGUACAACUGCUUGUUUUGGGACUGAGAUACGAGUGAAGCCACAGAGCAGCUACUGUUUGUUUUACUCAAUGUUGGUAGAUAGAAGUGCCUAUCACAGAUGUGAUCACCAAAUUUUAGAUGAAGGAUUCCAGUAUCUCAAGUCAGCUAUUCUUGUCCAUUGGCUGUGUUUUUAAAGGAUAACUGCAGUUUAUUAUGACAGCAUUGAUCUUUAUUGUUCAAGCCGUUUGAUGAUAUCAUAUACAGUGAGCUUGGUAAAUCCAUCAAAAGUAGACUAAACUAACCCGCUAAAGAAAGUUUUAGCUAAAAAAAUCCAACUACAAUAGUUAUAGUAUUAUUAUAAAUGAUAAUUGUUCUUACAAAUAUUUAUUUUGAGAAACACUACUCCCAUGCGAAUACAACUUACAGCUCAGGCCUUUGAUUGUUAGUUUGACCUUUUGUUUAUAUCAGGGGCCUUACUCUAAAAAGGUCCAAUUCAGGAAAAUGCAUUCUGUAUUUAAUGUUGAUUUUCACACAGAGUUAACUGGAAGGACAAUUCUAAUUCUUCUCAAAUAAGUCUUACAUAUUGCUUACAUAUUGCCUAAAGUGCCUAAAAUCGAAGAAAUUAAAACAAAUAUAAUAACAGUAGCCCCAAAGAGUAUUUGUCAAAAUUUGACUUCAUUUAGAAAGACUACCAGGUCCAGAUUGGUGCUGCGGUCUGCUAUUGAUCACCUUUGCUUUAGGUCAUCAAACUGAAUUUUUUCUGUUUGUGAGUAACAUCCCUGUCAAUUUGGAGCUCUAAUAAAGAAGAGCUUUGCCGUAAUAAACUGUAUUUCCUUUAACACCAUGGCAAGAAAAUGGACAAGAAUUUCAGGAAAGACAAAAGUGAACUGAAUGCAUUUCCACUAUUUCCACCUGAUUUUAUUUUGAGAUCUGGAUGUGGAUCUGAGAUUGCUGGCAUUGUGCUUUCACCCAAAUAAAUAUAUGGAAAUGGGAUCUCAUCAAUUUUAAAUAGGUUCUGUUUCCUUCUGGUUUUGACCAGUCAUGUGAAUGACUUCGGCACUUCAAAUCUUCAAACAAACAAAAACCAGUGUUGGAAAGUGAUGGGAUUAUAGGUCGGGGUACAAUGUUGAGGUACCUGCACUUUACUUGUGUAUUUAAAUUCAUUUGUGCCAUUAGAUACUCUACAUAAAUUUGACAGCUUUAGUUACAUCUCAGGUCCAAAUUGUACACAAAAACAUAAAUAACCUAUGUUUGUGUAAAUGUUCUUCAUUGUGACUUCUUUAAAAGAAUAUGUAUAGUUUCUGUCGUUUCAUUUAUUAAGAUGUCCUGUAAUAAUGACAUUCUCACCUCUUCUUACAAGUUUUAUUUCAUGAUUUGGAAUUUCACACUAACGUUGGACAACCACUAAAGUAAACAAACGGGUUUCAUGCACAAUUCUUAGAAUACUUUAAAUGAUCUCUUUGAGUCUUUGAGAUUCCAUGAAAUCAGUACUUGUGAUAUUCAAACCACCUGUCCUGUACUGCUGUUUAUACGCAAGCAAAUACUUGACUUUUACCAAAAAUAACAUCAUGGAAUUUGUUCAGAACCAUUUAAUUUCAGUUUGUCCAUUUCUGGUCAAAUUUGCAGGAAAAUAAGAACAUUUCAGCGAACUUAAGAAAGUACAGACAAUUGCAUAAGGUGUUUGCAGAGAUGACAACAUCCUUCUUCAUAAUGUUGCCAAUUUCGAUGUUGGCAGCCGGGGCUCAAAGGACUAUUAGUAAGCAUUACGUCAGAUUUGAGUCAGUGUGUUUAGGAAGCCUCUCUUGUAGACUGGGAUCAAAGUGCAAUAGUUUCUUCUGCUAACUCUUUUAAAUAAAUGUUAAGAUAUUCCUUCCACUUUAUUAAAGUACAUUUAUAAUAAAAACUGUUCUCCAUUUUAAAAAGAUAAUAUUGUACAUAGGAGUCAAAGCAGUAUUUAUGGGUCAAAUGACUUUAUUACAAACAAAUGGGCCUUUUUUUUUAACACCCUGUGAAAGUGCCAAUUAUCUUGAAAUGACUGGAUUUUAAAGCCAAGACAUGGAUUUGGAAUUGUUUCCUUAUUUGUAUUUUCAAAGAAUCCAGGGAGCAAGAUAGCACUUUAAGUAACGUGUAGAUUCCAAAUAUGACAUUGCUACUUGUACAACUCCAGCAAAUAGCACGGUUAGAAUCAAAAGACCACAUAUACGUAUCCUGUAGAUUUCCCCAAGUGGUUAGAUUGCCCCAAUUUUCUCAGAUUGAUUCUUGACUUGAUGGUGAUAAGCCAAUUGCUGUUCCCUAGUUUGAAUUAUAUUGUAAACAUCUACUGUAUGACCAUUUGAUCCCUAGAAUGCUUUUUCAGUCGAUGUUUCCUCGUCUAUUUCAGUUGUCAUAAUAAAGUGAGUUAUUUUUUUUUCUAAA